AUGGCUUACUUUAGCUUAGGAUCUAAAAAACUUGGAGUAGAAUUCGCCUUCGCUAUGUUUUCUUACUUCUACUCCAUUUCUGUUUAAUAUUGGGUAAUUCAACAUCCAGACAUUGGAGGGUAUGAAAAAUAUCUAUUUUGGUUCGUAUGCCUCUAUGAAUUCGUCAUAUACUUCAAUGUUGCUCUUUGUGAUCCUGGUAGACUAGAUGAAAAAUAAAAGCUGUUCUAAAAAUAUGAAGAACUUCUAAGAAAAAGUAAAGAAGACCCUGAAAAUUUUAUACCAACCUUUGAGACUAAUGCUGAUGAAAUUAUUUACCAAAACUAUUUUCUUCCAUGUGAUUUGAUUAAUUCGCAAAACUCUGAUGAAAGGAAGUUCAAAUUUUGCAAUAAAUGUAAUGUUUUCAAGUUACCAAGAAUGCAUCAUUGCAGUAUAUGUAAUAGAUGCUGCGUUAAGUAUGAUCAUCAUUGUGGACUUGCCAUUAAUUGUAUUGGAGUAAACAAUUAUCACCUCUUUAUUGUUUUUCUUCAUGCCUCAAUCACUUUCCUUUUAUUUAGUUUCGCUAUUGCUUUAAAAUAUACUGUUUAUGAUUAUAGAUGGGAGGUAUUCUCAACAACUGAUAAAGUAUUAGCAGUAAUUUUAUUAAUUCACAAUCCUCUUACUGCAUACUACAACUAUGCAUUGAUAACUAUGUACACCAAAACUUGCAGAAGAAAUAUGCAUGCUGUUGAGGAGUCUAUAAUUGGAUCUACUUAUGAUAAAGGCAAAUUUCACAAGCUUUAAUAUGGUAAAAAUAAGAAGUUCUACUUUUCGCGAACAAAUGAAAAAGGUGAGGAUAUUAUUUGGGAAAAUAUAAAAGAAAUGAUGACUUCAGGUGGCAGAGGAGAUCCAGUAUUAAGGUGGUUUAUACCGAUUCCUUAUAAGAAUAGAUAAGAUUACUCAGAUAUAUUAUCUGGAUAGGUGAACGAUCCCAAUUAGAUAAAAAAAGCAAUCAUUUAUAUGAAAUUUGAUAAGAAUUCAUUAAGAGAUUUGACAAUGCUGGAAUACAACAUUGAGAAGAAAGUAGAAUAGGAUUUGUUAAAUAGCGGAUUCAGAUUAAAGAGAAGAAUAGAGAUACCAAAGUGUCUAAGAGAUCAAAUUGGAGAUUUAAAGAUAGAUUGA